AUAAGCGUCCCUCCAGACCCCGCCAGGUGAUCGAUGGAGCUCCAUCUCUUCACGUGAACAUCAGUGAAACUAAAGAGUAAGGAGGGACAUUGGUCUGACCUUGGAAAGCCCAUGACGACGAACCAGGAAACCAUCAGUGCAGGGUCCAAAGACUGACACGUGAUCCGCGGGGUACUUGGACAAACAUCACGUCAUGUCCAACAAAGAAGGUAUUCGUUGAGUCAUUCGAAGACACUCUCUCAUCCAACCAAGGGCACCCAGGGGAACUGCGACGCCCUUACACUUCUAUAACAUCGAAUAAGAUACCUUGCUCGUACUCUGCUACCUGAGCUGCCCAGGACGACAUCAACACAGGAGCACACAGUCUGAGUGCCCAGGCUCAGGCUUUUACAUAAUGGACUUCUACCACCAGCUUGCCUGCAUACGCGCCAUCUUGAAGGGUUUCCUUGCUCUUCUGUACGGAAUGUCUCGCUUCAUCUCCAAAGGCAUGGCUUCGACAUCUGAAUUUGAUCUCGACUUGGAAAGGUCGCAAGAGUGGGAAGACGUCAGGAAGGAAAUGCACGAAGCCAUUGCAGCGAAAGACGAGGCUCGUGUUCUAAAGUGCCUGGAUGCUGCACCUGCAUUGAAACUGUGGUUGGAUCCUGUCACAGAUGAGUCAGCUCGUUACAAAGCACUUAAAAAGAAAGCCUUUCGUAUUCAUGGCCUCUUAGUCUCGCGGGAAUGUGGACUCAAAGACGACGAAGAAUCAUCGUGUUACCAAGGUCUCACACGCGUUGAACGAGCUGAAAUUCGACGGCAACAAUAUUACACCACAGAAUGCGAUGACUCUGACAUCGACUAUUUGAAAAGCAAAUCAGAAAGCAUCACCAGAUGUGAUGACUUCGGUGUACGAAAGGAGAAGAUGUUUAAGCAGCUCUCCAGUGAUGAAUUAAACAGGAUUAUUCUCAAAGUGGCUGCAACAGCGCCGCAUCUAAAAAUAAAAUUCGACUACAGCAGUAAAAACGUUCAAGGGACCACGGGAAGCUGCAACAGAAGCGACAUCGGCCUUACUAACUACGAAGAACAAAGAGUUUUCAUCGGGGGACGUGCUGAAGAAGCCGUAGUCUGGGGAACACUUAUUCAUGAGUUAUGCCAUAUGGCACUUUUUCUAGUGUAUAGGAACGAUGGCAAGCCUUAUUACAGUGACGAUACGGAGCGGGAAAAGCAAUACAAAAACAUCCUGAAUAACAUAAAACCGAAGCAAAAAGGUAUGAAAAUUCUCAUCCAGCAAGCUUUUAUGAGCAAGAAGAAUGAAGAAGAAGAAUUAAUUGUACGGAUCCCUCACGUUCUGGUUCAAUAUGGUUGCGAAAAAGGUCAUAGGAUUCUGGAACGAGAAGUACCCGAACUACUAAAUUUUUUCAAGGACCGUGUCAUCCUAGACAUGCGAGAAUACAUUAAGAGUGGGAUCCCCUCGGCAGACGCAGAAAAGAUCAGAGAAGGAAAUGCCAGACUCAAAAGAUCUCUCAAGAUUGGCAAACUUAACGUCAAAUUCGAGAAACCAUUAACGAACAGUGUGUGGAACAAAGGGCCCCUUCACGUAUUUACGGGUCCAGAAAUAAGGCUUCUGGAAAUAAUGGUUCACAACGCUGUGAAAUCUUCAGGCCAGCCAUACUUGUUUUUCGAAACAUCCCAGAAGGAGUGGAAAGAGCUGUUAAUGGACUACAAAUGUGCAUUUGUGCUCGUGACGGUCCGCCCUAACACAGAGUUAGGAAUGGAUCUCAAAUUUCUGAGUGAAGUGUCCAGUGUGACUGGAGCGAAAGUCAUCUUCCUUGUGGAAGACAGAGACAAGGAUGACUUGUUGAAGCAAGUGCAAGAAGACGCAUUCUUUGCCGCUGGACUUGUAGAGCAUAACAUCCUUGAAGCGAGUUUGAAGCAUGUCGCGGAGAGCUGCAAAACAGAAGUUUUUCAAAAAUCUCGCGUAGAACUUCAGGGCGAAUAUGUUUCUGGCUUUCCUGAAGCAAUGAAUAUCAACACCUUCUUACGUUUUGUUGACACUUCGGUUUUCCUAAAGCUAUGUGAAUCACUGUACAUUGAUGUGGGACCUCCUCUUCAUGAACUCGAAGAAGGUGUUAAAAACUGUUAUGUGGAGCGAGUGUUUACAAGGGUCGUGAAAAUUGACCUGAAAAAGUGCAGAAUGGACGACGAGAAUGAAGCUUUCGCACUUUUGGGGUGUCCGGAUGAUUGUGCUGCAAGACUUGUACCUCAAGGUUACGAAGCCAAACAUCAGGAUAAUUUAGAGAGUUUUGAAAAAUUUGUGGUCCUUCAGGAGCCACGUGACUAUGAAGCUCUCCUGAAAAAUGAUAAUUACCAAGGGAAGGUAGUGCAUCUGUUGCGGAUCAGUGAAUCCGGUGAGGGACUGAUGUGGAUUAAAUCAAAUGACCGUCUCAGUCACCUUCCAAUGAUGGGAAGUCAUUAUUAUACUACAGAGACUUUGCUGAAAGUGCCCGAGAAGGUCGUCCUCGUCACUGGCGCACCCGGUAUGGGAAAGACUGUGCUAGCAUCUCGGUUGUGUACACAGUUAAAAAGUCAAGACAAGAAGCGGUGGGUGCUCUACGUCGACCUUCCUCAGAGAAUGGCAUCGGUUAAAACUGCAUCGCCUAGUCUGAAAUAUCUAGCGGAUCUGUGUCAAGUACGAAAAGGUGGUCUGGAGUUCGUUCUGUUCGAAGAAAGCUUAAACAAUGGAAGCCCUUUCGAGGUCGUCGUCACAUUGGAUGGCUUCGAUGAAGUCAACGAGGAAUGCCGCAACUGUGUGCUAAACCUUAUACGGUUUCUAGCUAACAAAAAAGUUUACAAGGUGUACCUUCUUACUCGCACUGUGUUUAAACCCCAUGUACAAGAUACAUUGCACAGUGUGUCAUAUGACCUCGUUCCUUUUUCUGAUGAAAACCAGAAUGAAUUCCUCACAAGAUAUAGGGGCCAAAUAGAAACUCCAGCCACCAGGAAUGACGCAUUUGCGCAAAAAUUCCAGCAAGUAUACGCGACAUUGAAGGAGAAAAACAAGACAAUUCUGGAAACCCCUCUCCUACUUCGUAUGAUGGCUGAGAUGGAGAGCGGAGAAAUCACGAAGUCGGGCGAUUACUCUUCGCUGCUCGAAAUUGCUGACAUCUCCGCUGGCGGAAGUAUAUACACUGUACACAUCUACAAGAUGUUUGUCGAGUACAAGCACCUUGUGCACCGAAAGGAAAAGGUGAAGGAAGACAUUGCCCUAAGUGCCGUGCGAGGGGACAAUGACGCCACGAAAUCUCCGUUCUACGCAAACCAUGGUCUCCUCGCUAUGAAGUGUAUAUUUCCUCAGGACGCCUUGAAAACCUUAUUGAGUGAAGAAGAAUUAGUGCAGUUAGAUCCCGGAGGAAGUUUCAUCAAACGCGUUGCGGACAAUUAUCUCAAAGAAGGUUUUGUGAAUGGAAUUAACGAUGGAGGAACGCCCGAGUUCGUUCAUAAGACUUUCGCCGAAUUUUUCGCAGCUCACUACCUCCUGGAGAAGGCAAAGAUCAGAGAAAAACCGAGCUUUAGGAACAAAGUCCUAGAAUCGUAUGGUAAAAAAGACUACGAGGGUGUAAUGCUGUUGUUCGAUGGACUGGCGUCAGAGUCCUAUCGACUUCACUCUGCCGUGAUGAACAACGACGUCUCAUAUUUUAGGCAACAUGUUAUCCAAAGAGAGGAUAUGUUGAAGGUGGAUGAGCUCAAAAGGACGCCAUUGCACGUAGCUGCCCUGCAUGCUAAUAAAACGGCAUUGAAGAGGCUUCCAAUGGAUGAUGAACUAAUCAUGGAUGAUUUGUUUAAAAUGUCACCAUUCGAGUACGUAGAACUCUUUUCCCCAUGGGACGCAGAGUUGAUGAGACAUCUGUGGGAAGGACAUCUGCGGGAAAGGUCUCUUAUGACAUAUUUGCCGAAUGCGAAUAUUUGGAAGAAUUAUUUCCGGACUGCGGAUCUGAAGAAAUAUCUGCGGACUGAGACUUCACCUGUGAGAGAGAGACUCAACGUAUUAUGCGAUCGAUGUAGUGAGGAAGCAGUGAGACGUUCCACACAAAAUCUGCGCAGGUGUGAAACCUUCGAGCAAAAGAGACAUUUUCUUGAACGAGCAAUAUUCACGGCUGUGAUACACGACCUACGAGGCGUUUUAGACGUGUAUCUGAGCUAUGUGUCCCCGAGAGAGAGUACAGGAAAUCUAAACGGAGACACCAUGGACCAAUUAGAAUCACGGAAGAAUCGAAGCUCGAGAUGUUCUGCAGAGUCUUCGGUAAUUGGAAACCUUGAUAGUUUUACAGAUAGUAGCGGUAGAACUGUUCCUUUUUACGCAGAGUCUGAGGUUGUUUUCAACAUGCUCCUUCCUUACUGCGAUAUGGGAAUUCUUGAUUAUGAUGGAAACACAUUGUUGCACAUUAGCGCGGAAGAAGGAAAUCUGGAGACAACACAGUUUUACCUCGCACAUAUAUCCGUUAACAAUAGAAAUAGACGCUUUGAAACUCCUUUGCACUUGAGUAGAGAUGCAGAGAUUGUGAAGCUACUUCUUCCUUCCUCAGUGAAUGUUCUCGAUUAUGAGCAACACGCUCCGAUGGAUAUAUGUGCAAAGAGAGAUGAUUUGGAGGCCAUGAAGUUGUUACUCCUUCGCACUGGCACAUAUGACACACAUCACAUGAGACUGAACACAACACUUCAUGUGGCUUCGAAGUCUCAUUCCCUUAAAGCUGUGACGUUCCUUCUACCUCACACAAGUGCGCACCUGCUUAACUGCGAAGGAGAAACGUGCUUAGACGUUGCUACGCCAAGUCUGAAAUAUCGGUUCAGGUCGGAUUUCAACGUUGUAGGGUGUCUCAUCCCACACUCGCUCGUGAACUCACCUGAAACGUUCGGCUCAUCACCGUUGUACGUCUGGGCGAAAUGUGGUGGAAGGAAAGUGAUGCAAACUCUAUGGCCUUAUUUGCGACACAGUGACCCUAGGCAUGCACAGAGGAUCAGCAGAAGCUCCGUGUAUGUGUCUGCGAACGGGGAUUUCCAAAAAGAAAUUUGGUGUCUGAAACUUCUCUUCCUCCAUUUAGAUGUCAUCGCUGGUGAUCUUCAUAGCCGUAAACUGCUACAUAAUAUUGCCAAGGACAAGCUACGCGAGAUAAAAGAAGUAAAUUAUAUUAAUUACGUGAAGUUCUUACUGCCGCAUUUAAAUCUCAGUGAGCAGGAUUAUGUAGAACGUGGAGUAGAAAAUGAGGACAUUGUUACCUUAUAUCGGAGGUGGUCGGACAUGAAUAACACCGAUCAUCAACACAUUGACGAUGUCGACACGGAAAUGGUCGACAACGAUGGCAAUAUGAAGUUGCUAAUAGAAGCAGAGGAAGGAAAUGUGGAAGCUGUUAAGAUUCACCUCUCCCCUUCAUCCGUGUGCUUUACAGAUGAAAAAGAGAACACUGCAUUGCACUUGAGCGCCAGAAAGGGACACCCAAAUGUGGUGAAGCUUCUCAUUCCUUUUUAUACAUCAGUGGACGUGAUCAAUGUGUAUCGAAAAACGCCCAUGCAUGUGUGCGCCUCAAAUGGACACCUGGCUGUUGUGAAGUUAUUAUUACUCCGCUCUAGUAUGAGUUCCCGUGACAAUGUUGGAAUGACACCUCUUCACUGGGCCUGUUACAGUGGUGCCGUUGAUGUCGUGAACUUCCUUCUUCCCCACUCAUUCCCUAAUAUGUGCGACACUUGGGGUUUCACGUGCUGCGCUUUUUCCGCGAUAGAAGAGAAAAUGAAUGUUGUGAGAUGUCUCAUCCCUCACUCUCUUAUGAACUGUCCUCAUUGCAUAGGCGAUUCACAAGAGCGAUUCUUUCCAAAACGUUAUAUGAGAGAAGAGCUGGUGACAUUAUUGCCAUAUUCUUGUGAUUAUGACGCAGCGAGUUUAUUGACUAUUCUCCCGCUGUCAUCUCGUAGGGGCUAUACGAGGAUGAGAACUACGCCUUGUCUGAAACUGAUGGUACUCCACUCAGAUGUCAGGGCAGUAGAUAAGUGUUUACGUGAAGCACUGAACACCAUUCGAGAGUUUUAUGAAGAGAGUAAUCCAAUCCUCUGUUCAAGAGAGACUGAGAUGUCACUACUCCUGAACUAUAUUUCUCUCUUGCUUCCACAUGCAAAUGUUUCUCCUAAGGAGGAUGAAGGCAAGAAACUAUUACAAGGAGCCCUUUAAAGUAGCGAAGGUCCCGAAUUGAUUAGCUUCCUUCAGAAAUGGACUCGCUUGAGUGACUUUCGUUCAUGACGCUGACGAUUGGCAACGGUCGUGGUUAAGUACCAAGUGGCACCGAGUUGUCAGUGGACACGAGCUCUGAAGACGAUAUAGCAGUUUUAUUAGAGCUUUCAACACAGUAUACUGAGACCUUGCCUGCAUCCGAGAAAGGACAAAUAUUCAGCCCGAGUCAAAAAUGAAACAAAAAAUCACUUUUGUGGCGGCCGUGGCUAAAGCGUUUUUUGUUCUUCUUGUUCCUUAUGUUACAAAGUACCGUUCCGUAGUAUGUUCAUAAGGUGAUCCGAAAAUGUGUAAAAAAUGAGUUUAUUCCUAAUGUGCUAGUUAUAUGGUUGGCUACGGUAUACCGAAGUAUUACCUUACUGCUGCAUGUGAAUAUGUUCAUAUAGAGUAUCUCACCUUUAAUAUCUCUACUACAGCGAUUGAGCAUCACGUUCUUAAAAAAAAGUUGCUCAGUGUUAUACCUUUUAGGGUGGUAAUAGCUUGUCACCAAUGUUAGUCGAAAGAUGUGUGAAGUAGAAUCCAUCUCGCAGUGUGGUACGCUUCAACACUGGAUAUAUGUAUAUGGGUCCUAACGUUACAGCUCUUGGUGUCAACUGUAUAUACCCAAAUGUCAAAGAACGUAAAUAAAACGGUGUUUUUCGCACA